ACUUGAGUCAAACAAGUUACUUUCAUAUUGUCUCCAGGCCUCCUUUAUCUAAUUCUGUUUCCUCUAUCGGAUUGUGUUUACACAUAUACACUCCUUUACUUGCAUCCAUCUUAUAAUAAUCACCACCACCACCCCUCCCUCCUUCAUCGGCGAUAUACACAUAUUAUACACCCAACUUGUCCUCGCAACCUCGAGCACAUACAUUCGCCCAUACAAUUCACAUUUUAAACCCCUCAAGACCGACAAAAUGCCCCCCUACGGCCUCCUCGGCGCAACCUUCCUCAUCGCGCGCAUAAUCCAGAUGUGCAGCCUGAUCACGAUCAUCGGCCUGACAGCGAACUUCAUUUCAGAGAUCGUGUCCAACAACGCCACACCACCCGCCAUCUUCAUCGGCACGAUCACAGUUACAAGUAUAGCAGUAAUCUACGCCCUAAUAACGACAAUCCUCUACCACGACAACAUCCUCCCGUUCCUGGCGGCCGCCAUCCUCGACACACUAAUCCUAAUCGCCGUGAUCGUGGUGGCCGUGAUCCUAGGAAAGCCGCUGUCGUACCUGCAAUGCAGCAAGAUCGGAAGUAAUGGAGCCUGGAACGACUCGUCCUCGGCCUACACGUUCGCCACGCACCUGAGCAGCUAUCUCGACCAUUUGAACGGGAAGGUCGACUACACAAACUGGAUCGGGGCGACCAGGGCGGUGUGUUUGGAGGCUAAGUCGAUUUGGGGGCUGAGUAUUGCUUUGUGUAUCAUAUUCUUCAUCUCCGCGAUCUGUGGACUCGUUCUCUGGCGCCAGAAGAAGAAGGCGGCGGCGGCUGGGGUGGAGAAAUUGGAGGGGUAAUGAUUGUCCCUGGAGGAUGAUACUCAAUGAUUGGUAAUGUUGCUGCUGUUGUUGCAGCUGGAAAAGAUAAUGACGAUAGGUAAUGCUGCUGCUGCUGCUGCUGCUGCCACCUCUUUUAUGGAUUGUCGAAUCGCGUUCUGCCUCUCCCACGCUUUAUCUGACUCCAUUUCAUUUGAUGUUGCUGUUCCCUCUCAAGCACCCCUUCAAUUCAUUCUCCUAUGUCCAUCUGUCCGUCCAUCCAUCCAAAAUGUAUCUAUCAGCAAAGCCCCUAAUCCCCCCUACUUCCCAUAGUACCAAUAAUUAGU